AUUCUGCAAUGUCUGAAAUUACUCUCGUAAACAGCUGGUCUCAGUGGUGCAGGGAAGACUACCCUGCUGUACAAACUGAAGACUGGAAACGUGGCUCUUAUGGAACCAACUGUUGACUUCAACAUCGAAACGGUCUCAUACAGAAACUUCAACUUCACGAUGUGGGACAUAGGAGGCCAGACAGCGACGCCCGAACUGUACAAAUACCAUGUGCAUGAAAUCGCUGCCAUAAUAUACGUAGUGGACAGCAAGGCCUGUGAUCGGCUGGAGGAGGCGAGGAGACAACUGGAUAUGGUGCUCAGCAACGACGAAAUCUCGGGGAUUCCCCUGCUGGUGCUGGCCAACAAGCACGACCUCCCCGGGGCGACCUCAGCUGACCUGAUUUGCGAGGCCCUGACCCUCCGCCACCAGAACCGACCCUGGCACAUACAGCCCACGAGCGCCGUGACGUCACAGGGCAUUGACGAGGGUAUGGACUGGCUUCUUAUUGAACUUACACGCAAGCCAUCUAUCUGAUGCUUUGCUGGCCUAGAAGGACUGGUUUAAACAUAAAUUUAUUUUUUCGAUUGUUAUGCAUAUUUUGUUUUAUUUUUAGGUUAGGUUAGGUGAGAUUAUAUAAUUUCCUUGGGUUAAGGUAGAACUGGCUUUUCUGGCUUACGAUGGUGCUUAAAGGAUUUGCCUUUGAUUUGAAGUCUAUGCU